UCUGCUCCGGGGGUUGCUGGAUGCUCCGUGAUGGAUGAGGAGUGACAGAUCGGGGUUAGCCGCCAGGGGAGUCCAUUUUCUUCCACGGUCCUGGAACACUCGAGGAGGAGAAAGCAAGGGGACAAGGAGGAGCGGCCGGUUUCUACCCCUCCUCUUUCCCUCUGUCACUCUCUCUCUCUCCAUCCUCUCCACUCCCGCGCAUCACAGCCUGGUGGUGGGCUUUACCAGGACUGCACCGCAUUGCUGCUGCUGCUGCCAGCCGACCCAACCCACUGAACUAACGCACCAACACACUCACAUACUCCUCUCGGAUGCUGGGGACUGAAUGCUGCGGAUUAUGUGAGUGAGGAUAUGCAACAAUUCCCCGCGUGCCUCCCUCCGGACUCUGACUCGCUGUCCUGCUCGGUGAUGUCAAGACUUCUGGAGCAUUGGAGGUUUUUUGCAGCUGCAGCGCCAGUGCACCACUGAGCUGGGAUACAGCCCGAGUAAAAGUCUGCAGAGCUCACCCCUGUAUGCAGCGGAUCACUCGUAACCGUGAGCUCCCCUGGGUGCUGCUUCCAACAUGGGUGUUGACUGAAUGGAAGAGUGUCCCCGCGCUGGCACAGAGGGAUGAGGACGCACUUGUGAGGAUUUAAACCUGCAAUCAACACAUUCCCCGGACCAUGAUUCUGCAGCCUAGGACGUUGUUUGUGUUACUGGCCCACGCACAUGUUUUAUUAUGUUUGAGGAAUAAUGGGGAAGUGCGAGGUAAAGAGGACGGCAACGUCAGCGCGUACUCUGCCAGGACUUUCCACGCGUCACUGCGGGAAAGUCACCAAAACAAAGCCAGGGACCGUGCGCUCUCGGCGGGGUAUGCCACAGGUGCGUCCUCGGCGGAGCGGGCGAUCUCCAGGGGGACCCUCAACUCCACUCACCCCUGGAAGAGAGCGUUCAUUGCGGGGGAGACAAGGCGAGUGGGACACAACAAACGCGACUUCAAUAGGACUGUGACACCCAUGGAGGACCCCAACGCCGUCGCACAUUGGGACGCGACGCGCCGCCAUAAUAAGAGGAUAAAGUUGAAUGGCGCUCUCGGUACUACGAGGACGCCAGCAGGUGGACACUACAAUGCGGCUAAGCCCUCCUCAAUGGGCUGGGGAGGAGGGGGCCCCGAGGAGGGCGACAGGCACAAGAGGGGCACAAAAGACGAGCAGAAGAAAGGAUGGAAGAGGGGGAGAAACCGGCUGAACAAAGACGCGGUGCUUUCGGCUCAACCUCACACGUCGCCGUGGGAACCCAUCCCCAAGCCGGCGGCCCUCACCUCCACAGACCUGCCCUUUGACCUCUUCACCAGGAGGCCCGAGUUGUUCACGUUCAGGGAGGAGAACCCCUGGGACGCCACGCCGAUCACGCCCCCCAGCUCGCAGGACUUCGGCGACGAGAUCAAGAACCCGUUCUACCCGGUGACCAGCGAGACCUACGGCGCGUACGCGAUCACCUGCGUGUCCGGAGUGAUUUUCCUGGUGGGCAUAGCGGGCAACAUCGCCAUCCUGUGCAUCGUGUGCCAGAACUACUACAUGAAGAGCAUCUCCAACUCUCUGCUGGCCAACUUGGCCGUGUGGGAUUUUGUGCUCAUCCUCUUCUGCCUUCCCAUGGUGGUGUUCCAUGAACUGACCAAGUCCUGGCUGCUGGGGGAGUUCACCUGCAAAGUGGUGCCAUAUGUGGAGGUGGCGUCGUUGGGCGUGACCACCUUUACCCUGUGCGCUCUGUGCAUCGACCGCUUCCGUGCAGCCACCAACGUCCAGAUGUACUAUGAGAUGAUCGAGAACUGCACAUCUACCACUGCCAAGCUCGCCGUCAUCUGGAUCGGCGCCCUUCUUUUGGCCCUCCCUGAGCUCCUCAUUAGACAGCUGGUGACAGAGGACACGGGAAUCCCAGGCGAGCCUCCCGUCGAACGCUGCAUCAUCAGGAUAUCCACCUCGCUUCCUGACAUGCUCUACGUGCUGGGCCUGACCUAUGAGGGUGCUCGUCUGUGGUGGUGCUUCGGCUGCUACUUUUGUUUGCCCACCCUCUUCACCAUCGGGUGCUCGUUGGUAACGGCACGCAAGAUCCGGCGUGCAGAGCAGGCCAGUGUGCGCAGCAACAAGAAGCAGAUUCGGCUGGAGAGUCAGAUGAACUGCACCGUUGUGGCGCUAGCAAUCGUGUACGGUGCAUGCGUGGUGCCUGAGAACAUCUGCAACAUAGUUUCUGCAUACAUGGCGGCCGGUGUUCCUGAGCACACUAUGUCCAUCCUCCACCUUCUCUCCCAACUGCUGCUUUUCUGUCGGGCCGCGGUGACGCCGGCGCUGCUGCUCCUCCUGUGUCGUCCACUGGGCAGGGCCUUCCUAGACUGCUGCUGUUGCUGCUGCUGUAACCACGUGCCCUCCUCGGCCACGGCCAGCGACGAUAACGAACACGAGUGCACCACCGAGCUGGAGCUGUCGCCGUUCAGCACCAUCCGCAGGGAGCUGAGUAACUACACACCUGCUGGCUCCAACUGCUGAAGUGACAUUCCUCAUCAGGGGUGGAGAUUUCACUAGCCUGCCUGUGGCCAGAAAUUCUCAGACUUGGCUAGGAGAGAUUUGCCUUACCUCGUCUGGUCACGGAAGGAAGUUAGACACUGAAUAAUCACGUUCAGCCAGUGUCUUUCAACCCCGCACUAAUACUGGACAUUUACACUAACUUUAUAACCCUUACUUCCCAGGAACAUUAACAAAAAGCUAAAUCUUCUUUCCACUCAUGCCCUGGGUCAUAUGUUUAGCAAUUCCGCCUGAAACCUUACAAACCUCCCUUCUCUUUACCUUGUUUGCCUAAAUAUCUUUGGACAGUGGGGAUGGUCUCUAUGGAAUCAACUUAAUUUCUUUUAAUGAACCUAAUCCUGAGGCUGAAAAACUGAGUAAGAAAAAAAACUGCUGGCCUCAUGGUAUCAGUGACAGGUAAUAUUUAUGCUGUACAACGUACAAAUGAUUGCACAGAAUGCGUCACAAUAAAUUCUUAGGGUUAAUAAAACGGGUUGUGAUGACAAAUAUGUUUGGCCACCAUAAAUAACAUUUACGUGCAGGAAACUGUGCUGCAAAUCUUAAGGGAGAGAAAAAGUACUUUAAAUCACUUUCCAAAAGUGUCACUCAUGAAAUUAUGGGGACUUAGCUAAUUAAUCACAGAGCGACCGUGUACAGUAAUACAGCAUCCAGUCGGCAGACACUGCCUAUAGAUCUGCAGGACUCACUUUACAGAUCACAUUUGCUGCAAAUGGACAGUUCAUAAAAUGGCGCGCACGUGGGAACAAGGCUUCUGAUAAUUAAACUAGCACAGGGCGUCUCAGCGGUAAUGACGGUUUGCAAGAGGAAAACACAAAGAAGACGCUACGCCCUGGAGAAUCCAAAUGUACACAACACUUACACUGUAUAUUGAAAAAUAUCCAGUUGACUCACACAAAACUGGGCUGGUCUCAGAACAACAACAUAGACUGGGGUAGAAUUAAAUGCUCUGGAACGGACUAAUUGAAAUCACAUCAGAGUUGAACGGAGAGAAAUGGAAUGGCGACAGAUGAAACUGAUUGAAGUGAAUAUGAAUAGAGUGGACACUAAUGGAACAUAACACGGCGGAGGAUAAGUGAAAUGGAUGGACUCUGCGUGAAGUGGACUGAAAUUGGAUAUCUGCACUACACUGUUGUUUCAUGUUUCGCCUUACACUUUGGGCUGUAUAUAAACUGUACACUUUCUUCGGUGCUCUUAUGAUGAAUGCGCUGUAAACAACAAAUCCAUCGGUUCGACUUAGAAUCACAAGUAAUUGAGCUGCAGACUUUGUCUCAGGUCAAGAAGACAGAUUGCAGUUAUCUGCAACUCUGUAAUAUAUGAACAAUAGUGAGGGGGAAAAAAAUCAAUAUGGAGUUUUCCACAGAAAGUUUAAUUAAACAUCACCGGACUGCCUUUACUGAGAGUGAUGGCUGUUUGACAGCUGCGCUACAGCUAUGGUAGCACUUUACUUUACAGUACAGUAAUUACUUAGUGUUUAAUUAAUCACUAACAUAAAAAACUACAUGUUAUUAACAUUGUUAUACAUCAAUGGAUGCAAUAAGUAUUACCAUAUAUUUAUUUAAUCGGGACAGAAAUAUAAUUAAAGGCUAUUAGUUUCAUUAUGCAGCAGUAAAAGGGACAGAAAAUAUCAAUCAAUACUAGAUUAAACCAAAAUAUUAACGUAUUACAAAAAAGUGCCAAUGCAUCGUAACACUGUAAAUACUAGAAACUGCUGGACUGAAAAUAUAAGUGGUAUUAUAGAUUUGUACCAAUGAUCAAUGCAAAAGUUCAUACUAAAACAUUUAGGUUGUUUUUGUUAUUCGUGUUCAUGGUUAUGAUUCCUGAACUGUAAAACAAAGUGAUACCACAACUUCAGAAGCGAUACUGCAAAAGCUUGUUUGCUAAACCCAUCCAUUGAACACUGACGCUUAGUAGCUUUUACGCUAGACACAUGGAGGCGCCAGAAUCAUGCUUCAAAAAACACUCAAGUGCAGGCGCUAGCCAAUCAAAUCACUUUAAUGUGAAAGAGGAGCCAGAGGAAACUGGUGAACCUGGUGUGUGUUUAUCUGGCUGUGGAUUUUAUCUCCUGUGUACUUCUUUUUAGCAUUGCAUUGAUAGCUAGCAUGGCAUGUUAGCACGAAAGUCGCUAUGCUGUGUCUUGAGCAUGAAAGUGUAAUUGUUGUUGUUAUGACAAUCGGUCCAGCGCCAGUCAGACACACCCACGUUCAGGCGUAAAUGCAAAGUAACAGGUCCAGUUUGGUCGAAGUUCCAGCCUCCAAAGUGGCGACAUAAGUAGCGUUGCUCCAGGCUCUAACAGGAAUGGUACAUAGAAUUUCUAGAUUUCCUAAACCAAAGACAGCACAGCUCAGCAUUUUCAAACGAGUCAGAGGGGAAGAUAAAAAACUAAAGUGACAGGUUUUAAUGCGGCUAACAAAUUCAUCAGUAGCCAGCUGUUUGAAAUGACGGAUCCAUUGUGUCAAUAAUUACAAAGAAAUUCCACCAACGUUACCACUGUAACCACAACAGCAACCACAGAGUGGUUGAGCAAGGGUUGAGCAAAUAGUUACUGUGUGAAUUCUUGACCUUUAAGACCCUUAGCUGUUCAUUUACUUGAGUUUUUAAGUAGAACCAAUGAAAUGUUUUUCACAGUGUAUAAAUUUACAAGUGUAUUGUACUGUAAAUCUGUUUCCUUAAUGCUAAUAAUCAGACCUGGGUCAAAAGAAGGUUCAAUCACUUAUCACAAUGCAGGAAACUGAAAUGAUGACAGAAAAUGGAACAAACCCAACCUUUGGUAUAAUCAGGUAUGGAAGACGUAGGUGGACAACAUGACUCCUGACCAUUAUCGAUUUAUUAUUGCAUUUAUAACUUGGAUUAUAUGGUGGUGAACUCUGUGAUGACCCAGGUGUGAUGUUCAUUGGUAUACUGUAUAUUGCGAUGAAUCUUUUACUUACGAUUCUG